GCCGCAGGCGCCCGCGCCAGCUACUUCGGGAACCGCUGCAGCUGGAGGUGCAGGUACGACCCGUGAGGAAACCUGCGUGGUCCCCCUGGACUGGGGUUCCCCUUUAGGAGGAAUGGGGGCGCUCUCUGACCGGCACCGAAUCGCUGCCCUCCCCCGGCGUCCCGCGAACGCUGGGCCUCAGUUUCCUCCUCCACAAAGUGGGUGCGACUAUUGGUGGCUGCAGAAGGUGGGGUGGGCGGCUGGGCCGGGCGGGGACACGGGGCUCUGGCUCAGCGCCGCUGGUCCUGUGCCCAGCGCCCUGACCCAGGAGCCCAGCAGCGUGGGGCAGCUGGCCCUAGCCGGUGCAGAGGUCACUGGAUGGCUGUACCCACCUGGGGCAAUGCGCCUGACCCUGACCGUCGGCGAUCCUGGGGCGUGGUCCAACGUGUGGUCUGGAGUCGCCUGCCUGCAGCCAGCACAACCCUUUGUAGGCUCCCAGGUCUUUGCUGAGUAGGCUGGUGGCACCCUGGAGCUGCUGCUAGCUGAGAGCCCAGGCCCCUGCCAGGUGGCCGCCUUCAGCUCUGAGCUUCAGGAAGAUGGGCAUCCUGAGUCGCUACCCCAGGCUCAUGGCCUCGGUGUGGACAGUGCCCGCAGACUCUGUAGCAACACUGAGCUCCUCCUGGCCACCUGCACCAGUGACUUUGUAAUCCACGGGAUCAUCCACAAGGUCACCCAUGACGUGGAGCUGCAGGAGUCCUCUGCCAGAUGCUGCCGUGUUCAGGAUGGGGGGGGUGCAGGGGGCCAGGCACAGGCCUCCAUCCACACCCCGCUGCACUGCGGUGUGCACCCAGGCCCUGGCACCUUCCUCUUCAGGGGCUGGAGCCAUUUUGGUGAGGCCUGACUGGGCUGUGCCCCUCAUGUCCAGGAGGUUGGCCAUGCCUAUGUGGCUGUGAGCACUGCCCACCUGCUUCCCUGCGAGGUGGCACUAGGCUGAAGGGGACUGGGAGUGACCACCACUGGGGGUCUCUCCCCCAGGACAGGGUU